AUGCCAAACGAAUACCCCCCCUACACUCCAAUGCCCUCCCUCAGCCACGAGCUUGGCCUAAUACUCGGCCUCCCCGCUCUCUGCAUAGUAGUAAUGGGCGUAUACAUUACUCUCUGGCGUGUCUUCCAAACCCGUCUCCACACCCAAGACCUAACCCGCCGCAAAGCCUUUCAUAACAAAACACCCAUCGCAACCAAAGACAACCUCCCAAGAUCCGGCACAGCAUCAGACAGCAAACCCAGUCUCCAUGAGAAAAUGCUCGGACGCUUCACGCCACACAACCGCGCAGAACUACCCGUGCACGGGAUGGAGAUGUACGGGAAUGGGAAAGGCGUGUACGCUAACGAGAGGGCGAGCGAUAGCAUGACCAGGGUCGGAAGUCCUCUGGGUUUGAACCCGGGUUUGAAUCAGGGACCAGGGUCUACUCCUGUUGCGUCGAGGGCUGUUAGUCCUGUCGGGGAUGGGCGGAGGGGGAUUCCUGGGUCUAUUGUUGGAGUGGCGUUGGGGUCUUCGGAGAGGGGACAGAGUCCUGCUAGGAUUAAGGAGUUGAGGUCUGCGAGUCCGGCGAGGAGGUUUGGUGGGGGGAUUAGUACGCCUGUUGAGAUUGGGCCUGCGCCUACGAGGGAGUAA